AUGGGCGGUGGUGGUGAUAUGAGGAGCAAGGCCUCCUACCCCGUGCUUGCUCACAAACCCGUCGGCGUUGCCAAGACCAGCAUCCUGAAGGACCGAAUUGAACCCUUCUACAAGUCUAGUCAGUAUGAGAAGGUGAAUUUGUUGGCCAAUCUAUACAAGGCAAGGUUUUCCGGCAGCCCCCACGUCAAGAUCUAUGUUUGGAGUGCCCCUGGCCAGGAUCGACCUACAUUCAAGGAGGCAACAUCACACGACUUCAAGGAAACUCACAUUGGUGCAUCCUUUGGUCCGUCAUGGACUACCCACUGGUUCCGGAUUCACUUGACCGUCCCAAAGGAAAUUCUCGACGAAGAGCUUUUGAUUCUGGAAUGGGACGCCAACAACGAGGGUCUCGUCUGGACCGAGGAUGGUGUGCCUCUCCAGGGCCUCACGGGCGGGGGUGAGCGCAUCGAGUGGAAUCUUCCCGACUCCUUCAGAGAUGGCAAGGAACACGUCAUCUACAUUGAAAUGGCUUGCAAUGGCAUGUUCGGAAAUGCCCCCGGCGGGAAGAGCAGCAUUGCACCUCCAGACGAGAACAGAUACUAUGGGUUGAACAAAGCCAAUAUCGCUGCGGUCAAUGUGCAAGCUCGCAUGCUGCACUUUGAUAUGUGGGAGCUUGGGGACGCUGCCCGAGAGCUUCCAGAAGACUCUGCCGAACAGAACCACGCCCUCUCCGUUGCCAUGAGGAUCAUCGACACGUUCCAGGUCAACAAUCAAGAUUCCAUCUUGAAGUGCAGGGAAAUUGCGAAAGAGAUCAUCGGACCGGAUGUUGACUCCCACAAAGUCUACGAGCACGGCAAGGAACCUGUCGUUUUCGGUAUUGGUCAUUGCCACAUUGAUAGCUGCUGGCUGUGGCCCUUUGCGGAAACAAAACGCAAAGUUGUCAGGUCCUGGUCCAGUCAAUGCGAUUUGAUGGACCGGUAUCCAGAGGCGCGGUUUGCCUGUUCCUCGGCUCAGCAGUUCAAGUGGUUGAAGCAACUCUACCCAAGUGCAUUUGAGCGUGUCAAACGCAAGGUCAACCAAGGACAGUUCCAUCCCAUUGGUGGGAGCUGGGUUGAGCAUGACACAAACAUGCCCAGUGGAGAGUCCCUUGUCAGACAAUUCUUGUACGGUCAGCGAUUCUUUGAGGCCGAGUUUGGCUCUCGCUGCCGCACCUUCUGGCUGCCAGACACUUUUGGAUAUUCCAGUCAAAUACCCCAAUUGUGUCGCCUGGCUGGCAUGGACCGUUUCAUGACCCAGAAACUGAGCUGGAACAAUAUCAAUACCUUUCCUCACACCACCUUUAUGUGGGUGAGCCCGGACGGAAGUCAGGUCAUGUGUCACAUGCCCCCAUCCGAAACAUACACCGCGGAAGCCGACUUUGGUGACUUGCGCCGCAGUAUCAGCAGGCACAAGACUAUGCGGGUCGACAGCUCAUCGUUGUUGGUGUUUGGCAAAGGCGACGGCGGCGGUGGUCCAACGUGGCAGCACUUUGAGAAGUUGCGUCGAUGCGCAGGCAUCAGCAACACAAUAGGGUCCAUUCCCAAACUCAAGCUCGGCCUGAGCGUUGACGACUUCUUUGAACGCCUGGCACCAAAGGCCAAGGAUUUUCCCACAUGGUACGGAGAGCUCUACUUUGAGCUCCACCGGGGAACAUAUACCACGCAGGCCAACAACAAGAUGUUCAAUCGCAGGGCCGAGGUUCUGCUGAGAGACGUCGAACAACUGGCAACGAUUGCUUCUGUCCAAGACUCGUCCUACAAGUACCCGAACAAGGAGAUUGACGGCAUGUGGGAGAACGUUUUGCUUUGCCAGUUCCAUGACUGUCUUCCCGGCAGCUCCAUUGAGAUGUGUUAUGACGAAUCCGACAAGUUCUACGCAGAGGUAUUCAAGACGGGGGAAAAGCUUCUCGGGGACCUGUACAACUCUUUUGGCGUGUCGUCUGCGUUGCCAAAUUCUGUCCACGAGUCCGUCGUUGUCAAUACCCUGCCUUGGCAUCGUAAAGAAAUUGUCGAGCUAUCUGAUUCUGAAGUCGGUGUGGCUUGUGGAGAUGGCCAAAUGCUGCCGAUUCGACGCUUUAAGAUGGAGGAGGACAAACCUGCAGUGACGGUGACCUCGAAUGGGGAGGUCUAUGUUUUGCAGAACGAACAACUCCGUGUGGUGGUCGAAAACGGCUGUAUCACGUCGUUGUACGAUCUCGCCAAUGAUCGCGAAGUCAUCGAGCAAGGUGGCCGGGCAAACAAGUUUGUCAUUUUUGAUGACAUUCCUCUGUUCUGGGAAGCCUGGGACGUGGAGGUCUAUCACCUCGAUACUCGCAAAGAGCUUCGGUAUGGCAAGACAAAGAUCCACGAAAAUAAGCCGCACCGCGUCACUCUGGUCACCGACAUCAAGAUCAGCGACCGGAGCUCCAUGAAAUCCUACAUCUCACUUGGGGCGGCCUUGAAGGGACAACAGUCUCAAGUUGAUUGCUCGGCCGAAGUUGAUUGGCAUGAAAACUCCAAGUUUCUCAAGGUUGAGUUCCCUGUCAAUAUAGUUAACACCGAGGCUUCGUACGAGACUGCAUACAGCAUCACCAAGCGACCUACGCACUACAACACCAGCUGGGACAUGGCCAAGUUCGAAGUCUGCUGUCACAAGUUUGCCGAUCUCUCGGAGCACAACUAUGGCGUCUCGAUUCUCAACGACAGCAAGUACGGUUUCGCCACAGCGGGCAAGAUGAUGCGUCUGUCACUUCUUCGCGCCCCCAAGGCCCCCGACGAGCACGCUGAUAUGGGGCAGCACAGCAUCCGUUGGGCCAUCUUUCCUCACAGCGGCGCCUUGUCUUCUGUUACUGUCAAGGCAGCUUAUGCUUUCAACAACCCGCUGAAGGCGCUGUCUGCUCCCCAGACGGUCAUUCAGUCCCUGUCAGAGGCACCGGUCAAGCUCGUUAACCGAGAUGAGUCUUCGUCGCUGAUUCUCGACACCAUCAAGCGAGGCCAUGACGACGACGACGUGAGUCUUCGUGAAGGCCUGCGGGUGAACAAGGGACAAAGCAUCAUCCUGCGUGUGUACGAGUCUCUGGGCGGCCAUAGCAGGGGCACCAUCAAGACGUCUUACAAUGUCAAGCGAGUGAACAAGGCAAGCCUCCUGGAGGACGAGUUGGAAGAGGUGGAAGUGAGUGAUGGCAAAUUUGAUAUCAAGCUGAGACCGUUUGAGGUGGCGACGUUCAAGCUCCAGCUGUAG